UUUCGACGGUGUGGCAUAUCUUCGGCAUGGCAGGAGCGGGCUUCUACGUCGACCCCAAGUACCCGGACGUUAUCGCGUGUCUCGAGGCUGACGGCUGGGCGCCCGUGCGCCACUGGACGUUCCCGACCUGCCGCCUGCGCUUCGUCAACUACGCCAAGGUGCAGUGGGCGUACGUCAAGCCAGCGCACAUCGUCAACCAUCUCGAGCACGCGGUGCUACUGAGCCAGAAGCACGAGCUCCUCGCGCACCUCCGGCUUCGCCACAGCCUGCACCACAUCGCGCCGCGCAGCGCCGCCUCGCUCGACGAGUGGCGCCAUCUCUUUCUCUACGCGCAGGUGCUGCUUGUCCUCAAGCACCCGACGUCCUUUGCCUCGCACCUGCCGACAGCGCUGGCCAUCGCCGCCGAGCUCCAGCGACGCAAUCCCGAUACAUCCGUCGCCCGCGCGCAUGGCCUCCUCAUGGUUGACACAGCCUUUCUGAACCCCCUUGCUCUCGAUGGCUUGUACAGCGCGCUGCAGCGCGAGGUCGCCACUUCGAUCCCCGCUGCGCAGCACGACGAAAUUCAAGCGAUAUUGCGCCACUUGCAAGCCUGCGACCCUCAAUAUCACUUUGUCGCGACGCAAAAUCUGUGGAUCGCCAAGCCGUCGGGCCUCUCGCAAGGCCGGGGCAUCGAGCUCGUGACGUCGCUGGCCGAGCUCGAAGCCAUCUGGGCGUCCCCGAUGGUCGUUCAGCAGUACAUUGAGCGACCGCUCACCAUUCACGGGCGCAAGUUUGACAUUCGGCAGUGGGUUCUCAUCACGGACGUGGCGCCGCUUCAAGUGUUCUGGUACGAGUCGUGCUACUUGCGCUUUGCAUCGACCGCCUACAACCUCGCAUCGUCGAGCAGCCUUCAGGACAAGACUAUGCACCUCUGCAACAACUCGAUUCAAAAGCACGUGACGAGCGCUGCGCACGGCGAGAUUCCCGAGCACAUGUGGCCGCUACCUCGUUUUCAGCGACACCUCGCGUACACCUACCCCUACACUUUGGUGCUAACGGUAUUUCGCUGUAGAGAGCUUGGCCACGAAGCACUAUGGGAGUCGACGCUGCGGCCGGCAAUGCAGUUUGCCUGCGCCGAGGCUCUGGCGUCUGUUGCGACCAAGCUUCGCCGCGUUGGGGAAGGAUUCGAGUGGCUCGGCCUCGACUUUCUCAUCGAUGAGACCUUCCGCGUCUGGCUUCUCGAGGUGAACGUGAGCCCCGACGUGAGCCACAGCACAGCGACGACGGCCGCACUCGUGCCGCCAGCAACCCGCGACCUCCUUGCACUUGUCUUGCGCCAGGACGAGACGCGGGGCUGGCGACGACUCGAUCUCGCCUCGGUGCAGCCACCGGCGUACUCGUAAUCGUAUAGCAGCAGGUAGCAACUUGGCACAUUUGUUGGAUCGAAUUACGUUCUGGAUGAUUUUUCAAUGAUUUGAUUCGAUUAAUAUUGGCAUUUUCGGAACCACGCUCUAUGCGCGGAGCCCCAACGUGAGAUCAUUUCAAAGGACUAGG